UUCACCUGGCAACAGUGUGUCUGUAUGUGUGUGUGUGGGCUUAGACAAAUGGAUGUGCAAGAAAAAACCUAAACAAAGCCUUUAUUGACCUCCGUGUCACUUUAAAAAUGAUUGGAAUUGGGGAAUUAGGAUUAAAUUUGAAUUCCCUCAACGAUUCCCUUGCUUCGAGCAUGACCGUUAGGGAUAUGUACUCCAACAGUAAUCUGAAUUCGGCCAGUAGUCUUUCUUGGGCUGACGACGAAGUAGAGAACUAUGCUACAAUGAAAGUGCAGCACUACCUUGACAAGUUGGAAGACUUCCUCCACACAGGCGAUCCACCUAGUGAAAGAUGUUUCAACCAGUCUGAAGCUGAACAAUGGAAGAGUUUAGUCGAUCAUUUCAAAUUGCACAACGUACUGAAGGAAUCUCAGAGGAGAGUCAAUGAAGACCAAUUGAGAAUGAAUCCGAUAAAAAAAGGAUUGGAAAUACAUGGCCACAGGUUCAUCAAUCUACCAUCAGACAACAAGUACGCAAUAAGCAACACAACAAUGGGGUACACCCAUUUUCAGACGCCAAGAGUCAGAAGUGCCUAUCCUGUCAAGAGAGAAGCACAUCCAAUCAGGAUAAGAAGUGCCCACCCCAUUAAAUCCCCAUCACUGCCGGCCAUAGGAUUGCGUCCCAGCACCAGAUCUGGCAAUGCCAACGAACGUUCCUACCGUUCGAGAAGUCCGUCAAAAAACCUCGAUUACAUGAAAAUCCUUGAUGACACGGCCCGUCUUUCCAUCCACAAAAACAUGAUCUUGACACCUGACGAGGUUCCAUCCUUUAGCAACAAGUCCGUGUCGCCAGGUAAAGGCUACACUCCGUUAAAACGGGUCAAAAUGCAGCCUUCCGCACUGCCCAGAUUUGCAGAAAACGGUCCACAGACCACCAAUUUGCCACCACUGGCUGAAGCCAAAAACUCGCAUUACCUCAGGAACAAAGCCAAAUCAAGAACGAAUCCUGUCGUUUCAAUGACAAAUCCCAAAUCAGCCGGUGGCAACGUGAAAUCUCUGAAUGGCGAGAUUGGUUACCAGACGGUUGGCAGAAAGCCAACCAGUGCCGCCCAACAGAAUCGGAAUACGGUGACGCAAACAAAACCCGGCCCACACCAACACUACCGCCAAACUUGUAACAUUCCUGCAUCAACUUAUCGCGCCGGAAACAGCAUCGAAUUAGUCGGAACAAGUCUGUCGCUAUUCGAUCCCAUCGCCCGGUCAGUUCGGCCCAUUUCCAUACCCAAAUUGCGUACCACUUUCUGAACAAACCCUUCUCACGUUUGGCGUACCUAACACGAUUCCUAAACGAUCUCACCAUCCGUCCUAGUCUUGCUUGAUGGCCACGGCAAGGUCAGUGUGCGUCCUUUUUGUCUGUGCCCAGAUCCUUACAUUUACGAUUGGCUUUUACUGUUCAAUUUCUCCAAUCCCCCCCCCCCCCUUUCCCAAUACGCCGGUCGGGCGUGUCUAUCAACGUUGUACAAUGUGACGAUGAAUAAAUUGUAAUCUGUCUGCGGUGAAAAAGCAAGAUACAUCCAUUUUCGAAAAGAACCGAAAUAGCGAGCGCGUGGAUCACACAUAGAUGGGCUAAUUAUACGACGGCAGGAUAGGACGCUGGGCAGCAGUUUGACGACGAACGUCGUUCGAGUUGCUCGUUUCUAAUUCGCUGUGACCUAACAUUCUCUACAGUUAACCGGCGAAGAGAGAGAGAGAGAGAGAGAGAGAGAAAAAUUGCUUUUCGUCGUGACGCAAAAAAAAAAAAAUGGAUUGUUGUGAAAGUUUACAUUGUUGGACUAUCUUUUUACAGAACAUCGAUCUUUUAACGAGGGUAUGGGGUGUGUUCACUUCAAUAGUCCUGCUUGGCGUCGGCGUGGAUCUUUCCUUCCUACACCAACUGGCAGGCGGAUUCGCCAUAGCAGCUGCUUUGAUCACCUUCUUCCUAGAGACGACGUGGGCUGUGACUAUUCUCCUUCAAGUGUGCCUCAGGUACGAACACCAUGUCAUUUACAACUGCUGGGACGCUGUCCUGUGGUUUGAUCAUUGGAAGCGAACUGUCAUCUACACAAUUUUGGCCACCCUACUCUUUGCACAACCCCACCGAGCUUGGUUUACCACUGUGGGAGGCCUAAUGUUAAUCGCAUUAGGACUCUUGCACGCUGUCAGAUGGUAUUGCAAGCUUAAAUCCCGCCCCAUGUCUCUGCUCGAGCAACAGGAAAAUGGCAGUUUGGAUGACGACGUCGAGAUCGAUCUCUCUCUCCCCGAGCCCGUCCAACAAAUGGGCAAUUAUUCAAGCUCAGCUGCAACAGUGCAGCCACCUCAGACUCACAGCCUCGGUGAUACUAUGGAGAAUGAACUUUUACAGGUCGUCGCAUGAUGAACCAAAUUACAACAUAACAGAAGACGGCGUUCAUGAAAAGUGGUCAACAGAAAGGCAAAA